AUGGAGUUGGGUUUGAGGCUUGGUGAUGCUCCCAAUUCAAAUAACCCAUUUGGGGUUCGCUCUAUUCCUUCUUCUUCUUCUUCUCUCAUGGCUUUAGGGUUUUGUGUUGGAUUGGGACAUGGUUAUGGUUAUGGUUCUGGUUCUGGUUCGGGUUCUGGUUUCGGUCGGGUUCAUGAUGAGGAUGGAAGAGAUGUAAAGGAUGAUGAUGAAAAAACUAUUCCCGGUUCUGGGUACGGUUUGGAUCCGCCGGUUCAGCUGGAUCUUCUUCCUUUGGCUCCGGUUCCUCGUUCUUCUCAUCAAUCUUCUUCAACCCUUCCAUUUUCAUGCCUUUCUCAUCGCUUGAUGCCGGAAUUGGGUUGUACGGACAAAGUAUUGGACGUAAACCGGCCGCCGGCGUUGGCGGCGGCCGUGGAAAUGAUACCGGUGGAGGAGACAGAAGACAAGUCUCCAAACAGUACGGUAACGUCUUUCCAAAUGGAUUUUGGGGUCAGAAAUGGAGGAGGAAGAGGAAGAACAAGAAGCAAGAGAUCAUCAGACAUGGAAAUGGAGACGGAAAGAUCGUCGUCAAGAAUCAGCGACGAUGAAGAAAACGCGUCUGCUCGGAAAAAGCUCCGACUUUCUAAAGAACAAUCCGCUUUUCUUGAACAAAGCUUCAAACAACACAGCACCCUCAAUCCUAAGCAGAAGGCAGCACUAGCCAAGCAGCUAAAUCUCCGACCAAGACAAGUGGAAGUUUGGUUUCAAAACCGAAGAGCAAGGACAAAGUUGAAGCAGACAGAAGAGGAUUGCGAGUAUUUAAAGAGAUGGUGUGAGACAUUGACAGAAGAGAACAGAAGAUUACAAAAGGAACUUCAAGAACUAAGAGCCUUCAAAGCUUCUCAGCCGUUUUACAGUCACCUCCCAGCCACCACCCUCACCAUGUGCCCGUCCUGCGAGCGGGUCGUCGCCACCGCUCCCGCCACCUCCAUCGCCACCACCUCCACCACCGCCGCCGCCCCGCCAAGGAUAUUGAUAUGA